AUGGAAGAGUCUUUCUCUUAUGGGUGUAUUACAUGGGCAGUGAUACUUUUUAUAUGGUAUGUUGUGGUGCUGUCAUUGGCCAGUUAUGGCUUUUUCGGCAUACUGGCGCACUCCAGAUCAAAGGUGAAUAACCAUCCUCAAAACCUUGACCACUCUAAUCUGGACGGAGUGACGAUCCUAAGACCUCUCAAAGGGCUAGAUCCCGAAAUGGAGACGUGCCUGAGAUGCGCGUUCACCCAGAAUUAUCCUGCCGGCAAACUGGAGAUUCUCUUUUGCAUUGAAAACGCUACAGAUCCUGCUACAGAGGUGGCCAAGAAGAUCGUGGCUGAAUUUCCUCAUAUUGACUCCAAGAUCUUGAUUGGAGACUCGGGUUUGCCGGAUUAUUUCGGACCAAAUCCGAAGAUUAACAACCUGGCCAAGGGCUAUGCCAGGGCCAAGUAUGAUAUCGUUUGGGUAUUGGACUCCAACGUGUGGGUGGGUCCAAAUACACUCGAGAGAUCUGUGUUUGCACUCAAGAACUCCACCAAUAACGGCAAACCAACACACAAUUUCAGCACAAAGAAGGGAAGACGUGUAAAUCUGGUCCACCACACACCAUUGGCCGUGGCUGUGGAGCCGUCGUUGGGCGCCCUAUGUGACGAGAUGUUUCUUUCCACAUCGCAUGCCAAGUUUUAUGUCAGCCUGAACAACGUGGCGGUAGCGCCAUGUGUGAAUGGAAAAUCAAAUCUCUACAGAAGGACAGAGCUUGAUGAAGCUGUCAGACAAAUUGGAUUGGGAUACCUACCCUCCAACAACGGACAGAGCGGAGAAGAAGGACCCGAUGCUGCAUUCUUUGGGAAAUCAGGCCAGGGAAUCAGAUUUUUCGCGAGAUACAUCGGCGAAGACAACAUGAUUGGAAUAGCAUUGUGGAACAAGAUCGGCGCAUGUCGAACCGCAAUGACCGGCGAUUGCGCAGUUCAGCCAGUGACCAGUGGUUCCAAUGGUGGUCUAAAGAGCUACGUGGAAAGACGGGUCAGAUGGCUGAGAGUGAGAAAAUACAUGGUGAUGGCUGCUACUCUGUUGGAACCAACCACAGAGUGUUUUGUUUCGGGGGUGUAUGGAACAUUCGCAGUAUCAGUACUGUUUUUCGGUCAAAUGUUCAAUUUGUGGUGGUUUGUAUUUCACGUUUUAACAUGGGUUUCCACAGAUUACUACCAGUUCCACUUUCUCCAUAUGUCUGCAUACUGUGACCACGACAUGAGAAACUGCUCAAUGCCAUACUUUGUCCAUCCAACUUUUGACGUCAGCAAUGAAAACACUUCUCCAUCUUCUUACAGGAAGCUUGCUCACUGGUUGCCAAUCUGGUUACUCAGAGAGUCUCUGGCUCUUCCCAUCUGGGUCAUAGCCAUAAUGGGUCAGGAGAUCGACUGGAGAGGCCAGCCAUUUCGCAUUCGCGCCGACCUCACAGCUGAGAGGUUGUGA